UAGAUGGAGUCUUCCAGAAUGGCCUUUCUUGGCUGCGUGCUUGCCUUCCUUUCUGACCCAUCAACUGGUUACCCAAAUGGAAAAGUGAAGGAAGCCUGCAAUAGUAUGAUGCCUCUCCACGGACAUGUGCCUCAAAAAUUUCCAAAGCACACAGCUGAAGUAAAUGUGACACAGUUUAAACCGGGUGAACACGUGAAAGUGACCUUGUCUGGGCCUACGUUUGAAGGCUUUUUCCUACAAGCCCGAGAUGCUGAGAAUUUGGAGGGGGCUGCCAUUGGCUCUUUUGUACUGGCUGACAAGAAAAGAUCACAGCUUCUUACCUGUGGGCAUGUAAAGAACUCAGCUGUCAGCCACACAAGUAAAUCUAAGAAAACCCAAGUGGUUGCCUAUUGGAUUGCUCCACAAAACUCACCAAAAAGAAUACAAUUUCUGGUCACAGUUGUAGAAAAAUAUAGCAUCUUUUGGGUAAAAAUUCCUGGUCCUGUGAUUUCCCAACCUAAUACACCUAUCUUGACAACAACCAUGGCUGCUAAUGUAACCCUUCCUACAUCUCUAACUCAAGUGUUCAAUGCUUCAGAAUGUGGAACUAACAAAUUCUGCGUGAGAAAUCCUUGGAGUUGUGAUCCUAAGGCCGAGGAUUGCUUCUUUCUUUCCUUCAGACAUGAUCAUCCUGACUCGGUGAUGGUUGAAAUGAGUGGUCCUAGUGAAGGCUACAUUGCAUUCGCAUUGUCUGAUGAUCAGUGGAUGGGAGGUGGUGAUGAUGCAUAUCUCUGCAUCAGCGAAGAUCAUCACAUUGACAUCAAGACAGCUUCUUUGGUGGGACGAACUUAUCCAGAGUUGGAUUCAGAGGAUUCCCUGGAAGAAAAGUCAUGGAGAAUGGCAGAUGGCCUUAUACAGUGUUCUUUCAGAAGAAAAAUUAAUCUUCCUGCAUUUCAAGGAAGAGUUAAUCUGGAUGCUUCCUACUAUAUAUUUCUGGCUGACGGUGACGUCAAUGAAGGAGGUGCAGUCCAGAAACAUGACCGGCAGCCUCUGAUCACGGAUGGUAAACAGAAUAUCACAGGCCCACCAAAGGAUAUUGGAGGAUCCCGUUCUCCAUUUCUCAUCAAGAUCCACGGUGCUUUGAUGUUCGUGGCAUGGAUGACCACAGUGAGCAUCGGUGCGAUCAUUGCCCGAUUCUUCAAGCCUGUCUGGUCCCAUUCAUUGCUGUUUGGAGAAGAGAUCUGGUUUCAGGUCCACCGUGGACUAAUGAUGAUGACUGUGUUACUUACAAGUACAUCUUUUGUCCUUCCUUUUUUGUACCGUGGAGGAUGGAGUAAAGAAGCUGGCGUUCAUCCGUAUCUUGGCUGCACAGUGAUGGCACUGGCCGUCUUUCAGCCCCUCAUGGCAGGGUUCAGACCACCUCCACAAGCACCAAGAAGAGCAAUAUUCAACUGGUUACACUGGAGCAUGGGCACCAUAGUUAGAAUAUUAGCUGUGAUAACAAUGUUCCUUGGAAUGGACUUGCCAGCUCUCGACCUUCCGGAUUCAUGGGAUACCUAUCUAAUGACAGGAUUUGUAGUUUGGCAUGUUGGCAUUGAUGUUCUUCUGGAGAUACAUGGCUAUUGUCUCAUUCGCCAAGUUGAAGUUCUGGCAGAUGACAGGAUACAGAUUUUGCAGUCCAUUAACUCUGCAGAGGCACAGGGCCAUACGUUUAAAAAAACAGUGUUGUUCAUCUACAUUUGUGGCAACGUGGCAUUCCUCAUAACCUUCCUAACUACAAUUGUACAGAUAUGAAAAAAAAAGCUAAGAAGAACUUAUGCACUGGGAAUACUUGUCUGGAAACAUGUCUUACUGUUGAUCAUACCAGGAAGAACCAUCUGUGAAGGACACUCUUAUUGCAACUUCAGGAUUUUGAAAUUCUGCACAGGACUAUACGUUCUUGUCUCACAUGAAGUGAACAUCUGCAUUCUUGGCAGUGAUGACUCGGUCCUGAUUGGCCCUGUCUGGGUUUUCACAAUGACUAAGCACCUUGUUUCAGCAUUGCCCGUUUGUACUGUGUAGCUUCACCUGUCACUGGAAGGCUAGAGGGAGAGGGUCUUGCUCUGGACAAGCUGAGCAUUUUAAGGAACUGCUUAAUCAAGGUCCACUUACCUCCCGCUAGCCUAUUAGCUGAGCCUGCAUAAUCUGUGUUUGAAUGUUAUGGGUUUAGAUUUUAAGAACAAUGGCAUUCAAAGGUCUUUUUGUGUUGGAACUCAAAUUGAGAUUGUAAAUUCCUGGGUUUUAAGAAGCCUUUCAGUAACCUGCAGAGAUUACAGCAGUUAAAUCUGAAGACAAAUUCCUUUUGAACCUUAGAAGUCGGAGGGCUCCAUGUGAAUGGAAACCAAAUAGGUGUCACAUAUCAGUUGGUGCGACCACCUCCAUCAGGGAUGAAUGAUGAAACCUCAUGAAAAGGAGCCAGUGAGUACAUGACAUAAAGCUUUCAAAGCAAUACUUCAAGAUAUUUUAAGCUUGAGAAGCAGACUAGAUGUUUAGGGUGAAUGCAGUGAGCAUUCGAAGAGUGAUGCAAGUUGUCUGAACACCUCCACUCCUUUUGAAAUGUCAAACAUAUUUGCAUGUCUGACAGACUAGUCUCCGUCUGUUUCUACCCUGAAGAUCUUUUGAAAGUAAAUGAUGCCUGUGCAAAUUGUAAUCGUCGUGCUGAAAGGGCUUUCAGGAACUAUUGUCAAUGUAUUUGUUUAAUGAACAAUUGUCAUUUUCUCCCUCUGGACUGAGAGACACACGAUUGUAUUUGUCUACUGUCAGACUGGAGUCUACCACCAGAGCUGCUGUCCCUCCUCCUGCUGCUAUCAGGGUCUCUUAAGAAAAGACUUAUUUUGUGUGGCAGUGGAACUCCCACUUGUAGAACCCUAAAUGUAGUUUCAUAGGAAGGAAAUGGCCAGUUUCCACUGUCUCUACACUUUGUUGUUGCCAUGCUGAUCACUGGAUUUCUUGAUCACCUUUUAUUGCUCUUGGGACUGAUCUUGUUGGUUACCUUCACGUCUAACUGCUUUCAUUGAUUGCCACACUCCUUAAAAAUGAAGUGUGAGAGACCAUUUCAUGUUGUGUGUUUAUAGUAGUGCAUUACAUUCCAGUACUUAAUAUUUUAUCCUAUUAUGAAAGAAUGACUUGUCUAAAUUAAAAGAUUUGUGUAUUGUA